CGCAACUUGACCAGGAUCACCACCUCUGGUCGUGAUCCUCUCUUAACUGGUUAGACAGUCAUUGGAUACUGGCGUCUCCUGCACGGCCUCCUGCAGCCCGCUGGGCGGCCAGCUCAUGACAGUGGCGCAGCGGAGUGAUUAUUGCUUCGGUUUUGCCUGAUCGGAGAGCCUUGUCGCGUGCCUGAUAUUGAUGCCAAACUGGACUGCCUCUUCAAAGUUUCGAUUUAAUUCUGACCUUGCUGGCAUCCUCCUUUGACAAGGUAAACAGAAGUUGCCUUUCCCCGAACCAGAUGUCCUCAAAAUGAAAACCCAGCAUCCUGCCCGGUAUACUGCUCCAUAUACCCAGCAUAAGUACAAAUACCGGGACUCCGACCUAAGUUCUCAAGCCAGGUGCUUGACGAUCUCUCAACAUUCUUGGAGAGACGAAGACCUGAGCGGCAACGGCAAAGUCGCUGAUAAGGCCAGGGAAAUUAGACGAACAUCAGAGCUAAAAACCGAGCCGCCGUCGUUCUUCUUGCUAACUGCCUACGGUGACACUCGAACGGAUUACAACCCCCUCAAGCGCAUCGACGAGGGCGGGAAGACAGAGCUUGACUGGAUCAACGAUCUGUUCCACCUCAGGCCACAUACCAAGGAAACAAUGUCGAAGACUGUAAGAGGAUACUUUUUCUAUGAAAUCGACUAUGACCCAGUCUGUCAACAGCGGAUAACCGCUAUCACCUUCUUUGUCCGCCUGCCGAGAAGCAUGGGAUUGAUCACUUGUAUCCUGCGCGUCGAACUUCCCAGCCUCCAGAGCGUCGCAUUCGUAAGUUGCAAGGAACAGUCAGAGCUGGCCGAAGUACGGGACCUCUGCGACAAGCACCGAGGUCUCUUACAGACAACCCCCUUGGGUAUUCUGGCACUGCUAUAUGCCCAGCGGGUUCCAUCAUGGGAGGAGUGGGUAGCCAGUCUUUGGGUCAGCCUCAACGAAAUUGAGGUCCUCUUGGAUAUGUCGCCUCCGGGUUGGGAAUUUAACCACCCGACUCCGCAACGAGCCAGGGAGCUCUCCAAUCCCGACUUCUUAAAUCGACAAUUCGCCACCACGAACGCUCAGAUCUGUCAUUCUCAGGUCGCCCUGGCCUUUGGAGUGCGUUAUGCAGACCACUGUCGGGAAGCUAUGGACAUCGUGGAGCAAGCCAGGCCCGGGAAAAGGCUCCAGCCCGGAGAGAGAGAGGCCUUCGAAGCAUGCUUGCGACCUUCCCUAUCUAUUUGCAAGUCUGUGCAAGAUCGUUCCACCGACCUGCAGGAGCGUCUCCGUGGUCUUAUCAGCAUGACCACCAACAUGAUUGCACAGAGAGAAGCCAGAACGAAUCGAGAUAUCGCCCAUAACAAUCUCAGGGCUGCCCAGUCCGCUGCUAGCGAUAGCAGAAUGAUGAAGACGAUUGGCUUGCUGGGGGUCUUGUUUCUUCCAGCCACGUUCACCACGGCACUGUGGCAGGUAAACCUCUUUCAGCUAGAAGGCGAGACGAACAAAAUAGUGUACGCAGUGACAACCGUCGGCCUCACACUAUUGGUGCUCGGCGCCUGGGGAACCUACAUGCGCAUGGCGCGAAAACCGUUCGAGUCGUACCGAGGGGACGAGUCGACGGAGUCGACGGAGCUGCGGCCGUUGGUAUGA